AUGGCACCUCAAAAUCAUUCCAAUCCAUACACAAUUCCAAAUCGCACUAGUCCACAAAAAUCCAUCUCUGGCAAACCUCCUCAAGUCGGCCGUAGUACCUCGAGCAAGCGUGGAGCUGCCAGUGGCUCAGCUUUACAGCCAACUGCCAGUGGCAGCGGAUCAUCCAAAGGCACUAAAACCAAGGCUUCAAACACUCGUGUGAUCACACCGCCUCCCUUGUUUUUGGAAGACAAUCUUGCGGAUAUCGACGGAGAUGGUGAAGGAGCGGGUAGUGCCAAAAAGGCCAAAGGAAUCACGCCUCCUCCCUCGUUUUUGGAAGAUGAUCUCGCGGAUCUUAACGGAGGUGGUGAAGGAGGAGGUAGUGGUAAGUGGUCUUUCUUCGGGCUUCGAUUUAAAUUGUUCCCUUAA